AUCAGUCACAUACAAGACACACUUAGUUUCUAAUACAGUCUCAAGACUACAUCCAAACACCCCAGCAUGCAUACUAAUAAGCUUUACUCGUUUGUUUUAAACACUUUGGCUUUUGUAGCUGUUCAAGCUCUACCCCAAUCAACCACUACACCAAGUGAAUGCACUCUUGGAAACCAGCGUUGUUUGAUCGAUGCUUCGACCAACAGUAGCACGUCGUAUGAAAUCUGCUCGCAAGAUACCAUCACCACCACCAAGUGGAUUCAUUACAAUUGCACAGGCAAUUCGCUUUGUGAAGUGUAUCCAACCUCGGACAAUUUUAUUAUCUGCGUACCUCAAGGAAAUGCUACUGCCACUGAAACUGGAACUGGAACUAUUUGGGCUACAACUACUGCCACUCCCUUUUCUAUUUCCAUAUCUAUUUCAGUCUCUCCAAGUCCAAGUCCAGUUCCUUGGCCAAGCCCAUCACCUUGGCCGAGCCCAUCACCCUCUCCAAGUCCAGUUCCUUCGUCAAGCCCAGUUCCUUGGCCAAGCCCAUCGCCUUGGCCGAGUCCAUCACCCUCUCCAAGUCCAGUUCCUUGGCCGAGUCCAUCACCUUUUCCAAGUCCAAGUCCAGUGCCUUGGCCGAGUCCAUCACCUUUUCCAAGUGUAUUUCCUUCGCCAAGCCCAAGCCCAGUCGUACCUGAGCCUAUGUGUAUAUUAGGUCAUCAGCGUUGCAUCCAGAAUCAGACGACACAUGUGUUUGAUACGUAUCAAAUCUGUGGGCAAGAUACACUCACUACAACACAGUGGUUUGGUCAUGCAUGUGCAGCUGGAUCUCACUGCGAAGUAUACCCUACUAGUGAAAAUUACAUCAUCUGUGUUCUCGAUGCUGUUACACCUGUACCUGAUCACACUACUACUCAAGCUCCAGUAGUAUCUACUACACCCAACUCUUCAGUAUGCAUACUCGGAACAGAAAAAUGCGUUGUAGAUCCAGUGACAGGAUUAAGUAGCAGUUUUGACGAGUGCUAUCAGUCGACAUCCGACUCUACUGCAUGGACACUAAAGCAGUGCGGUGAAGGUACUUUUUGUCAUGUACACAACCUGAGUGCAAAUCGAGUGUUGUGUUACUGAGCCUGUCAACACUUUCAGCAUAGAUAGUUUAAAUUGAUUCUCCAUUAUUUAUUUGAAUCUUAUCCGAGAAAUGAACAUAUUUUAUCUAUUU